GUUUCGGACUGACGGACUCCAGCCUCCCUGGGACGGAAGGAGACUCUCGUGAUCCGUGUGUGCUGGGCUGUGCUGUGACCUGCUGCCGGGAGCUGUGAGGAGAGUCCAGCGCCAUGGAUGCAGUGACCUAUGAGGAUGUGUAUGUGAAUUUUACUCAUGUAGAGUGGGCUUUGCUGGAUCCUUCCCAGAGGAAUCUCUACAAAGAUGUGAUGCUAGAAACCUACUGGAACCUCACUGCUAUAGGCUAUAAAUGGGAAGACCAUAAUAUUGAAGAACAUGGUCAAAUUUCUAGAAGUCAUGGAAGGUAUCUUCAAGCACACGAAACAACCAAUAAUAAAGAGGAUCUCUUUGAAUGUAAUCCGUAUGAUGAAGCCUUUACAUCUGAUUCCUCUUUUGAAGUCCACCAGAGAAGUCAUUUGGAAGGAAAAUACUAUGAAUAUAAUCAAAUUUAUAAAACCUUUCCAUGUCACAGUCUUCAACAAGUGUAUAGUACUCAAACUGGAGAGAAAAGGUAUGAAUACCAUCAGUGUGACAAAGCCUUUGAAUGUCCCACUUACCUUCAAAUAGAUAAAAGACGUCAUACUGGAGAGAAACUCUAUGUUUGUAAUCAGUGUGGCAAAGCCUAUACACUGAAGAAGACUCUUCUCGCUCACAUAAGAAAUCAUACAGACGAGAAAGCCUAUGAAUGUAAUCAAUGUGGUAAAGCCUUUGUGUGCAAAAGUUAUCUUCGUGCUCAUGAAAGAACUCACACUGGAGAGAAACCCUAUGAAUGUAACCAAUGUGGCAAAACCUAUACACUAAAUAAGAAUCUUCUCUGUCAUAAGAGGAGUCAUACAGGAGAGAAACCCUAUGAAUGUAAUCAGUGUGGUAAAGCCUAUGCACUGAAAAAGAAUCUUGUCUCUCACCAUAGAAGUCAUACUGGAGAGAAAUCCUAUGAAUGUAGUCAAUGUGGUAACACCUUUGCAGAGAAGUAUACCCUUCUCAGACAUGAAAGAAUUCAUACUGGUGAGAAACCUUAUGAAUGUGAUCAAUGUGGUAAAGCCUUUGCAAGGAAGCUUUUUCUUCUCUGGCAUGAAAGAAUUCAUACUGGAGAGAAACCAUAUGAAUGUAAACAAUGUGGCAAUGCAUUUGCAAGGAGGAGUUAUCUUCUCUGUCAUGAAAGAAAUCAUCACACUGGAGAGAAAGCCUAUGAAUGCAGUCAAUGUGGUAAAGCCUUUGUAGAGAAGAGACGUCUUCACAGACAUGAAAGAAUUCAUACUGGAGAAAAACCCUAUGAAUGUAAUCAGUGUGGUAAAGCCUUUUUAGAGAAGAGAGGUCUUCAGCGUCAUGAAAUAAUUCAUACUGGAGAGAAACCCUAUGAAUGCAGUCAGUGUGGUAAAACCUUUGUCCAGUUGAGUUAUCUUCACAGCCAUAUAAAAAUUCAUAGUGGAGAGAAACCCUAUGGAUGUAAUCAGUGUGAUAAAGCCUUUACAGUGAAGUCUAAUCUCCGCAGGCAUGAAAGAAUUCAUAGUGGAGAAAAGCCAUAUGGAUGUAAUCAUUGUGGUAAAGCCUUUACACAGAAGUGCAUGCUUCAGAAUCAUGAAAGAAUUCAUACUGGAGAGAAACCAUAUCGAUGUAAUCAGUGUGGUACAGCCUUUACAAGGAAGCAGUAUCUUCUUCGUCAUGGAAGAAUUCAUGCUGGAGAGAAACCCUGUUAAAGUAAUCAAUGUGACAAAGCCUCUGUGGAGAAGAGUAGUCUUCACAUGCUUGAAAGAAGUCGCAGAGGAGAGAAACUCUGUGGAUGUAAUCAGUGUGUUAAACACUUUGUGCAGAACUAUCAUCAUCUCAUUCUAAACAUUGUUCUUUCUUGAUGGUAUGAGGAACAAAAACAAUCCAUAAGGGACAAAAACCAUAUUUUUCCAUUAAGGCAUAAAAAGCAUGGUUUAAUUGACUAACAGAAGUGGCCAAUAAUGAGUAAUGUGAAAUAAGCCCACUCCUAACUGUUCUAUUGUAAGUAACAUGAAAACACAUUCUGAGAACAAGUCUGUGUAUUGAUUAAUAUUUCAGCAAAAGCUAAAUGUUCCCAUUUCUAAUUAUGCACUUACCAAUCCAGUUAAAAUUAUAGAAGGAGGGAUGGCAUUGGACUCUCUUCACAGUUUUACAUCAGUAAUAUAUUGCCUCACCCUCCCUGUGUCAUAAACUAAAUUGAAGGCAUCUUGAUCACCUUUGUCUUCAAAAAUAUAUCACAUUGGUGAACUAUUUUGAUAGCAUUAUUUUGUUUGGACCACGUGAGCAGGAGGAAGCAGCCAUUUUGAUCUCAUUGAUAACACAUAUGCACAUCAGAGGAUGGGACAAAAUCCAGCCAAACUUCAAGGAACUUCUACCUCAUUGAAAUUCAUUGAAAUAUUAGGGUUGUGUGUAAUUCAGAAGUAUUUCUUCUAAGGUGACAGAGAAGUUAUUGCACCUGGUCCUUCUACCAUCAAGAAAGAAACCAAUGUUUACUGGGCCUGUUUAGAUUCUUAAGAUAUCACAGUCCUCUCUUGGGUGUGUUAGUUUUGCCCAUAUACCAAGUGAGUCGAUGCUGUGGGGUAAUGCUCUUGUGCACUGUAAAGAUUUGUCACUUGUAUUAUUUUAAUAUAACACUAAUUGACCAGUAGCCAGGCAGAAAGGAUAGGCAGGACGACUAAACUAAGAGAAUUCUAUGAAAAGGAAAGCAGAGAGUCAGUCACCAGUCAGAUAAAGAGAAAGCAAAUGAGAAUUCCUCACUGACAAAAGGUACCAAGCCACAUGGCUAAACAUAGACAAGAAUUAUGGAUUAAUUUAAGGUGUAAGAGCUUGUUAGUAAUAAGCCUGAACUAACAGGCCAAAGAGUUUAUAAUUAAUAUAAGCCUCUGUGUGUUUUUUUUAGAACUGAAUGGCUACAGAACUGGACAGGACAGAAAUUUCCAUCUAAAAAUGGCACCCACAGGUUUGGCAAGAAUUCCCACAUAAGACUCCACUAAGAAAGCUUUAAAAAAAUAAUUCUAGACUGAUAAGAAUAGAGUCAAGUGCAGUUUCUUGGUAACUGUAUUAUCUCCUGUAUUCUCCUGCAGCCCCUUUAAGAAACGCUUCCUAACUCAGUGUUAGUGGCAAAAAAAACCUUGAGGCUCUUUUAAGAAGCAGUGUCACCAAACAAUUAAAUGAUGUUUAUGAAUAGCUGGCAUCAGGCUUCCUGGUGGUAGCAUGGACCUAGAAACUCCACAAAGUUGUGACAGUAAUGUGCCUCCCACCAGUACCUCCACCGUGAAGCUAAGGAAUGGUGUGGGGCCAGCCAACAAAGCUGGAGCUUUGAUCCUAGCCAGAUGACUUAGCAGAAUCAAGAUUCAUGUGGUCAGAAAAAUAUAAAGAUACAGUAAAGACAGAUUCAGAUAAAAAUUUUUAAAUGGUUUAUAAUGUGUUUAAAAAUAUAUGUAGGCUUGAGCGAGAUACGAAAAAAGAUAAAGUCCUAAUAAAAGAGAUAGAGUAGUGGGGCAUGGUGGUACACGCCUUUAAUCACAGCACUUGGGAGACAGAGGCAGAUCUCUGUGAGUUAGAGUCCAGCCUGAUCUACAGAGUAACUUCCAGGGCUGCCAAAGAUACACAGAGAAAUCCUGUCUCAAAAGAAACAAAAAAUAAAAAACAAAAGAAAUAGAGCAAAAGAAUAAAGUCAUGUAAAGAUGGAAAAUACACAGAGAAUCUGGAUAUUGUAUGUUACUGUGUUGUCUUUGAGUUGUUUGACUGCAAAGGAAGAAGCAACAGCUGCUAAAAGACAAUUGAUUAUAAAUGCUGCUAGAUUAAUCCAACCUAUAUACUUUGAAAAUGCCUUAACUUCAAAUUUUAAGUCAAAUAUAUGUUACUUUGGAGAAAAAGUUUUGCUUUUCUUUCCACAGGAGAUGAGAGGCUGUGUAUACAUUCUGGGUUAAAACAAAUAAGGUUUGAUCAAGGGAGACCCCUGAAAAUUCUCCAGUGGAAAGGGAUUACCCAGAUGUUCCAACAUUUUAGAGUACCUCUGUUGCAGUUUCCUCUGAGUUCUAUAUCCAAAACAGCCUCAAACCUGUUGGCUAGUCUCACAGAAUACCCCAGUUAGGAUGACCACAAUCCUAAAUUUUUUUGGGUUCUCAUAAGAUUAUCAGUGCCUCCAAUUAGCUGGAAGUAACUUAGAAUACAUUCCCCAAAGUAGAUUCUGUAUGUCUGUCAUUAUUUAGGGUUUUGGUUACAAGUUGUUAUGGAUAACAUGAAAAAGCUAAACAAAGAAGAUUAGAUCCAGAGUUCUUGUUUUGAAAAGAAAAAAGGGUUAAUGCCCUUGCACACUGAAAAGAUUUUUCACUUCUAUUAGUUUAAUAAAAUGCUGAUUGGCCAGCAACAGGCAGGAACUAUAGAUGGGGUAUCCAGACUAAGAGAAUUUUGGGGAAAAGAAAGCAGAAAGUCACUCACUGGCCAAAUACAGAGAAAGCAAGAUGAGAAUUCCUUACUAAUAAAAGGCAACAAGGCACAUGGCUAAACAUAGACAAGAAUUAUGGGUCAAUUUAAGUUGUAAGAGCUAGUUAGUGGUAAGCCUGAGCUAAUAGGCCAAACAGUUUAUAACUAAUAUCAGCCUCUUUGUGUUCCUUUGGAACUGAACUGUUAUGGAACUGAGUGGGGCAGAAACUUCCAUCUACAAUUUGGAAUUUUGGGAUUCUACUAACUUUGGUUCCUGGAAGAGCAGAAGGACUUCAAUGGGUCCAUGCUGCUGUAUAGUUUUCUCUAUGAUUCAGCAGACCUAAUGGUACUCGAAGUUAGAAUGGCAGCUUAGGAGCCUUUUGUGGUCCCUUGUAGUUAUAUCAAGGAAGAGAACUUGGUGACAUUGGAACAAAGCUCUCCACCAUUCUGCAGACACCUUUCUUUCAGAGACGCAUCUUGGCAUACUAUUUGACCUUAUUGGAAAAUGAAAAUUUGACAAUGGCCCUUUUUGCCAGUCUUGCCAGGCAAACUGAGCUGCUCUGUGUUAUCUGACCAAACAAUCAUAGAUUAGGGCCUUCAUAGCAGAAAUCUAUUAUCAAAUGAAAGUGACACAUUUGUGAUUUGGUUGAUCAUGUUUGGAGGCACAAGCAAGUUACAUGAAGAACUUGCACAAAUGUCUAAAAUUUUUACUACAAGGGUGCUGAUCUUGCCUUUAAAGUCCUAGUUAUCCUUUUGCAUUGAAAUUAGCAUUUUCAAAGGCCAGAGAUUCAAUUGUUAUUUGUCCAGCUUCUAAAUUUGGUAUUCUAUUUACAAUUAAUAUCAAUCUUUUAAGAAAUCAUCAUACAUUGGGCCCUGUAUGACAUUAGUUAAUGGCUCAAUUUUCUUUCCUACUUAUUUAAUUCUGUCCCAAGCAUUCAAAGUUACUGCAUAGCAUAAAGCCAGAAUAUGGCCAUAAUAUAGGUAUUGCAUUUCUAUGACAGUAGUAGUAUAAUCCCCUACUCCCAUUAAUUUGAUAUAGGGAAAUUUCCCUAGCUCUAGUUCUCUUGUUCAGUGGUGUUAGCCUCUACUUUCAACCAGGUCCUCCAUUGUAAUUGUGGACCAGAUUCCAAGACUGCUGUAAACAAGUCUCUCCAAACUUGAGGGAUAAUUCUAUUCCAAGUUGCCCACAAGUUUAACAUCUGCUUCAUAAAAGGUGAAUGCAUGCCAUAUAAGAUUAUUACUUCCUAAGCUGGGCGGUGGUGGCGCACACCUUUAAUCCCAGCACUCAGGAGGCAGAGGCAGGCGGAUCUCUGUGAGUUCGAGGCCAGCCUGGUCUACAAGAGCUAGUUCCAGGACAGGAACCAAAAGCUACGGAGAAACCCUGUCUCGAAAAAUCCAAAAGAUUAUUACUUCCUUGAAUCUCUUUAAAUCUAACAUUGCCACAGAAGUCCAAUAAGCUCUUACACAGCCCCUAUCAUUUGGCAAUUCAUGUAAGGUUAUUGGGUUUAUUAAGGUUGGUUAUUUGAAAACAUUAGUCUGUUCCUCUCAGAUCUCAUAAUGCAAUGCUGAAAAUAGUUCUGUGUUAAAUUCCUCUGUCUGGAUUUGAAUACCUCUAUGAUCUUUAUAUGAUCUUAAUAAGUUUUUCUAAGGCCUGUAUCUUCGGCAUUUAUACCAAGCAACUUUUUUUUAAAACCAAGCAACUUUUUAAGAGAUAAACUAAGAAUUAUCAAAGCAGCAUCAAGGCUUAUUAAAAUGAUAAUUAGCAGUAUAUCAAUUUUGGGUAAGUUGAUUGUUUCUUCAUUUAAUUGGCCAUAUUUAUAUUGUAUAUUUGUAGGAGGAAGGCUACUUGUUCGUCCCAGCUGCUCAGAACCAAAAUAACCACACAGAAACUAUUAAUUAAAUUGCUGCUUGGCCCAUUAGCUCUAACUUCUCAUUCUAACUCUUACAUCUUAAUUUAACCCAUCUCCAUUAAUCUGUGCCUCACCACGAGGUCAUGGCCUACCAGCCAAGUUCCAGCACAUUUAUCUCCAACAGCGGAUCCAUGGCAUCCCCCUGACUCUGCCUCCUUUCUCCCAGCAUGCCAUUUAGUUUUCCCCUCCGACCUAAGUUCUGCUGUAUCAACAGGCCAAGGCAGUUUCUUUAUUCAUUAAUGGUAUUCAAGCAUACAGAGGGAAAUCCCACAUCACAUACAGAAACCUAACUUUAUCAUAAUUGUGUGUCCCAUUUUUUAACAGAUAAGAUUUCUCCUUUAACUAAUUGCUUGCUUUAAGAAUUCCCAAUUGAGCUGGGUGGUGAUGACACAUGCAUUUAAUCCUAACACUUAGAAGGCAUAGGCAUGUGGAUCUCUUGAGUUUGAGGCCAGCCUAGUCUAAAAGAGCUUCUUCCAGGACAGGCUUCAAAUUUAAAAAGAAUUCCCAAUUGUCACCAAAUUUGCCAGUGAUGACGAUGAAGAUGUGAGACUGACUACCACUAUUUAAAACAGUAAAUGGAUCACCAGAUUUCACGGCAGCAACAUAGUUUGGCAGGAGCCUGAGAAGGGAGAUCGGUGAAAGCCCACCAUGAGACAAGAAAGGAAAACGUAGCCAGCUACACUCUGGCAUAUUGUAGCUCUGACUUCUGCCUGUAGCUGCACAGCCACAGGCAAAUGCCUUUUUGGUGAAUUCAAAGUGGGCUCUAGAUGUAGCAUGAAGUUUAGUUGGUCUUAAUAGUAAAAAUUCAGAGUCAGAUGGGGGGGGGGGGGAAAGCUGACAGAUCAGUGAAGCAGAGUGGUCAGCCAAUAGAGAGUUCUCACCUCUACCAAUGCUCUGACUGAAAGGGCGAUCCUGCCUCUUCAAGACUGUGUCCUCAGACUUUACUGCCUAGACUGCACUGAUCUGUAUUCUCCCACCUUAUAUUCCUCUCUCUGCCCAACCAUAUAACUUUUAUCUUCACCUCCCUAGUGCUGGACUAAAAGGCAUCAGAUCCUAAGUGCUUGGAUAACCUUUGUGUGAGUUCUGGUUCUGUUUUAGACAGAUUCAGUCUUAGGUAGCCCAGGGUGGCCUUGAACUAACAGAUAUCCCUUUACCACUGUCUCAGUAGUCCUGGGAUUAAAGAUGUGUGCCACCACAGCCUGACCUCUAGUACUUAGCUCUGCGCUCUGAUCUUCAGGCAAGCUUUAUUUGUUAAACUACAAACAAAAUAACACUAUUACAUAUACACAAACACAUACAUAAAUACAUAUUUAUAUAUAUUAUAUCACUUAUCCCCUUCCUUGUCCUUUCUCCAUCCCCUCCCAAAUUCUUCUGAUUUCUUCCUUGUUUAGCAUGUGUGAUUAGGUAUGCAUAAAUAUAUGAAUAAAACCUGCUGAGUCCA